AUGAGGCAACGCAAGGACCCGCAGCUUGCAGCGCGUGCGAAGCGCUUCGUCUUCGGUAUGACCGCGGCCGUAACUGGAACGUUCCGAGCGCUGGCGGACAAGGAAGUGCGCAGUGUCUUCUCAAGGAGCCUGAAGGUGCUGCUGGUUCUGGCGUUUGUGCUGUCCGCUCUACUGCACCUCAUGCUGCUUCCUGUAGAGUGGAUCAGUUCACUCUUUCUCGAGCCGGAAACAGUGGACGCCAGUGUGCGCGCCUUCCGCUAUGCAGCUGCUUCGACUGUCCCAAUCCUUCUCGUUAGUGCGUGUCGCUACUUUAGCGUGAAAAUGUUCGAGAACGCUUUUUUUGCCGGGCUCGCGACACGUGAUGCAGAACUGGCAGAGAAGAUUCGAAAGAGAAAGGCAAUUUACUGGGACUGGGAAUAUGCCCAUCAUGUGAUGCGUUUUGGGCUGCGCCAGCUUGGCUUCGGACUUGUGGCUCUUGUGGCGAAGCCAAUUUUGGGUAUGCUAAUCCCCGUCGCACAGUUCGGCUAUCGGAUUCGACACAUGGAGUUGACUUUCCUCUUGCCGCUUUUCGUGGCCUUUGUCUUCCCGGCAACGCGUGAGACGACGUUGCAGCUCGUACACAUGUGGCUGGAUUCGCGGGCCAUGGUCCGCGAGCUCUUUGACCCGAUUAUCGCCCGUCUCAAGUCUGCAGCGAAGAACGGCGAUCGAAACGUCAACACGGAUUUGCUCACGGACAUGGAAAUUGACAGCGAGAUAGCCGACAGUCGAGAGGAGCAGCGGGAAUGGCAUCAGAGUGGGAGUGACGCCGCGCGCCUCGGCUUUGGACUUCUUUUUUGCUGCAUGCUGCAGCUUCCUUUCCUCGGUCCAUUCACGUGGUUCAUUGGAUUCGCUUCUGCUGGGCUGUUUGCCCCAGAGCUUGUGGAGCUCAGUGCUUUCAGCGCUAACAAGGCGACGUAA